AUGACGCUCAGCCUCCGCCGCAAGCAACUCGAUGUUAUCGUGCGGAUGCUGCACCUGAACCAGCAGCAGUUGCCGAACGGCGGCGAGGGGCAGGGGGAGGACGAUGCGUACAAGAUCCUGGUGAUGGAUCAGCCCUGUAUCUCCGUCCUGUCGCCGGUGCUCAUGCUCGGCGACCUCCGCCAUCACGGUGUCACCCUCACCCUCAACAUCGACCGUCCGCGGCAGGCGGUGCCCGAUGCGCCGGCCGUCUACUUCGUCCGGCCCACCCCCGGAAACGUGGGCCGCAUAGCGGCCGACGCCGCCGCGGGGCUCUACGGGUCUUUCCACGUCAACUUCUCCACCUCCGUCCCGCGACCCCUGCUGGAGCGCCUCGCAACCGCCUGCGCCGCUGCUCCGCCCGCGUGUGCGGGCCGCGUAGCGCGCGUUGCUGACCAGUACAUCGACUUCGUAUGCCUCGAGGAUGGCCUCUUCUCGCUAGCGCAGCCCCGGGCCUACGUCGCCCUAAACGACCCCGCCGCUGCCGACGCUGACAUCACUGCGCUCGUUGACGCCGUCGCGCUGGGCCUCUUCUGCGUCGUCGCCACGCUCGGUGUUGUGCCUGUCAUCAGGUGUGCACGCGGCGGGCCAGCUGAGAUGGUGGCUGGCGCCCUCGACGCCUGGCUCCGCGAUCACCUACUCGCCAAGCCCAACCUCUUCACGGAAGCUGCAUCUGCCGCCGUCACGUCAUUCCAGCGCCCUGUGCUGUGCCUCUUCGACAGGAAUUUCGAGCUGUCUGUUGGGGUGCAGCACGACUGGAGCUACCGCCCGUUGGUGCAUGACGUGCUUGGCUUGAAGCAGAACAUUCUGAAGUUGCCGGCAGAGAAGUACGAAUUGGAUGACUCUGACAAAUUCUGGGUGGCAAACAGCUGGUCUCCAUUCCCCAAAGUUGCUGAGGAAAUCGAGGCGCAGCUUGCCAAGUACAAGCAGGAUGUGGAUGAGGUGAACCAGCGCACUGGUGGUGGCAAGGUUGGGGUUGAGUUUGAUGGUACUGAUCUGAUUGGCAACACUAAGCAUCUUAUGAAUGCGGUGAACUCACUACCAGAACUGACAGAGCGGAAGAAGAUGAUUGAUAAGCACACCAAUAUUGCAACAUCAUUGCUUGGGCAUAUCAAGGAGAGAUCUCUGGAUGGAUACUGUGACUGUGAGAAUGAUAUGCUUGUGAAUGGCACUGUUGACCGGAAUACACUGCUGAGUCUCCUCAGAGGGAAGGGCACUAAGGAAGAUAAGCUUCGGCUAGCUGUGACGUACCUGCUGUCCUUUGAGACACCACCAUCAUCUGAACUGGAGCAGGUUGAGGCUGCUCUGAGGGAAUCCGAAGUUGACAUGUGUGCAUUUCAGUAUGUGAAGAGGAUAAAGGCAUUGAAUACCCAAUUUGCAUCUGCUUCAGGCACAGCAACUAAAAGCAACAUCGUCGAUUGGGCAGAGAAGCUGUAUGGACAGUCCAUUAGCGCUGUGACUGCAGGAGUAAAGAAUCUCUUGUCAGAUGGGAGGCAGCUGGCCUUGACAAGAACAGUUGAAGCUCUGAUGGAAGGGAGACCAAACCCUGAGGUGGAUGACUACCUUUUGUUUGAUCCACGGGCUCCUAGGUCAGGAACUGGUGGGCAGUUUAAAGGACCCUUCAGAGAAGCUGUUGUUUUCAUGAUUGGUGGUGGAAAUUACAUUGAGUACAAGAGCUUGAUGGAGCUAGAGCAACACUCACAGCCUUCCAAGCAUGUUAUAUAUGGUGCAACAGAAAUUCUUAGUGGGGCUGAAUUUAUUCACCAACUGGCAGAAUUGGGGCAGAAAGCAGGAUUGGGUGGUGGCAGCAGCAACAUAACACCAGGUUCAGCACAAUAG